UGUGUGUGUGUGUGUGAUCCCCACCGCAUCCCCAGUACGGUGCAAGGCAGGCAUGAGGAGGGAGCACUGAGCCCAGGGCAUUCCACCUCGCCGGGACCCCGGAGGCGGCAGCGACUUCCUGUGCAGCCCCAAGUGACCGCCUCUUGGGGCUACACCUCCGGGGCGAAACGCAGUGACCAUUCCCUUUAUAGAUGCGAAAACUAGGGCAGCCCAGCGAGGGCCGUGGGUGCCGGCACCUGGGUCUGGAGGUCGGUCGACGCCCGGAGGUCGUUCGGGGUCCUGGGAACCAGGCGGGAGUACCCAAGAGCAGGCUCAGACCCAGUGUGGCGCCUCAGCCUCUAGGUGGCACCGCGUAGCCACACCCGACCUGGGCCAGCACAGAAGGUUUCGCGCCUGCGCAGUGAGAGCGCUCGGCCGCGGAGCCGGCGGGGCGGGGUCGGAGGCGCGCACGCAGGGACGUUGGGGCGGAGCCCCAGCAGGCUGUGCGCCUCUGACAGGCUGCACCGGGGGUAAGAGGCGUUCCUGGGCGGGGCCUCGAGGCCGGUUUGGAAUUUUUGGCGCGAGCCGUGUCCGCGCGCGUUCACGGGCCGUUCCCCCUCCGGAGAAUCCUCCCGCCCUGGCUUGGGGAGCGGUGGGCCGAAGACCCCGGACCGCUCCGAGAGCUCCUGUGCCCUCCGCCGACCCGGAAUCUGGGACCUUGCUGAGCUGCGUCCCGCCCUCCCGCCCCAGGGUUUCCCCACGCCCGCGGAGGUGAAUCAGCUGUGGCCCUGACCAGGAGGAACUCACAGUCUAGUGCGAUAGACCGUGGUCAGCAGAUGUGUCCUGCCCAGUGAGAGGGUGAGGCCCCUGAAAGCUGCAGAGCUCAUCCCGGCCUGGCUUCUGCUCAGGGCCACCCUGGAUUCACCGGGAGCCCCUGCUUCUCCUCCCUCCCCAUCCCACCCCCAAAGCUGUUUGGCCAUGCCAAUGGUGCUAGAAUGUGCUUGUUGUGCCCACCGCCUCCAUGCCUAAAGCAGAGUGUGUGUGUGUGGCAUAGACUCGGCUCUCUUCUGCAGCCUCUUUGGGGCCAUAGGACCAGGUGCUGUUUUGAGUGACACCCUGUUCUGAACUCUGGGGGCUCCUGUGCUGGACAUGCCUGUGCCCGAAGAGGGCACCCCGCCACCCCUGAGUGGCACCCCCGUCCCGGUCCCAGCCUACUUCCGCCAUGCAGAACCUGGCUUCUCCCUCAAGAGGUCUCGGGGUCUCAGUCGGAGCCUCCCACCCCGGCCCCCUGCCAAGGGCAGCAUCCCCAUCAGCCGCCUCUUCCCUCCUCGGACCCCAGGCUGGCACCAGCCCCAGCCCCGGCGGGUGUCGUUCCAAGGCCGAGCCUCCGAGCCCCUGCAGAGCCCCGGGUAUGACCCGAGCCGGCCGGAGUCCUUCUUCCAGCAGAGUUUCCACAGGCUCGGCCGCCUGGGCCACGGCUCUUAUGGAGAGGUCUUCAAGGUGCGCUCCAAGGAAGACGGCCGGCUCUAUGCCGUGAAGCGCUGCAUGUCACCUUUCCGGGGCCCCAAGGACCGGGCCCGCAAGUUGGCCGAGGUCGGCGGCCAUGAGAAGGUGGGGCAGCACCCAUGCUGCGUGCGGCUGGAGCAAGCCUGGGAGGAGGGCGGCAUCCUAUACCUGCAGACAGAGCUGUGUGGGCCCAGCCUACAGCAGCACUGUGAGGCCUGGGGCGCCAGCCUGCCCGAGGCCCAGGUCUGGGGCUACCUGCGGGACAUCCUGCUGGCCCUGGCCCACCUGCACAGCCAAGGCCUGGUCCACCUUGACGUCAAGCCCUCCAAUAUCUUCCUGGGGCCCCGGGACCGCUGCAAGCUGGGUGACUUUGGGCUGCUGGUGGAGCUGGGUGCAUCCGGAGCUAGCGAGGCCCAGGAGGGAGACCCUCGCUACAUGGCCCCCGAGCUGCUUCAAGGCGCUUAUGGGACAGCGGCAGAUGUGUUCAGCCUGGGUCUCACCAUCCUGGAGGUGGCGUGCAACAUGGAGCUGCCCCAUGGUGGGGAGGGCUGGCAGCAGCUGCGCCAGGGCUACCUGCCCCCUGAGUUCACUGCUGGCCUGUCUUCUGAGCUGCGUUCUGUCCUCACCAUGAUGCUGGAACCUGACCCCAAGCUGCGGGCCACAGCCGAGGCCCUGCUGGCCCUGCCCAUGCUCAGGCAGCCGCGGCCCUGGACCGUCCUGUGGUACAUGGCUGCCGAGGCCCUCAGUCGAGGGUGGGCCCUGUGGCAGGCCCUGCUUUCCCUGCUAUGCUGGCUCUGGCACGGGUUGGCACACCCUGCCAGCUGGCUGCAGCCCCUGGGUCCACCGGCCACCCCACCUGGCUCGCCGCCCUGCAGCCUCCUCCUGGACAGCAGCCUCGCCAGCAACUGGGAUGACGACAGCAUAGGGCCCUCGCUCUCUCCAGAGGCCAUCCUGGCCAGUGCUGCCGGGAGCACCUCCACCCCCUGCAGUGGCUCCCCUGCCUCCCGGGGCAGGUACACGCUGAGGGAUUCUCUGGACCUAAGUGACGUUGACUCAGAGCCUCCACAGGGCACCUUCCCCGCCUUUGAGCCUCGGAACCUCCUCAGCCUGUUUGAGGACUCACUGGGCCCAACCUGAGCCCACAGGCCCAGACUCGG